AUGGCUUCUCCCAACUACGAAAAGCCGGAGUCGGUCUCAAUUUCACCUCUCCUCCAACGCCUCGCCUACCCCGCGACUGCGGAUAUUCGGGUCAGUGCAGAGGACAUUGCUUCUGCCUUUGCUCUCAUCUUCGAAGACCGAUUGUCAGACAUUCAGACUGCAGCUCUUCUGACCCUACUGCACUCCACGGGGAAGGAUCGGCAGGCUGACGUGAUUGCGAAAUGCUCUCACCGUAUGAGAGAAGCUGCUUGCCAGAUCGAGAAGGCUGAGCUGAAGAAGGUUGUUAAAGCUCGUGGGAGACGCGAGGGAAACUACCAGGGUGGCUUGUGUGAUAUCGUCGGAACUGGCGGAGAUUCACACUCAACCUUCAACGUCUCUACCACCUCCUCGAUUAUCGCGUCGCCGCUCUUGAUGACAGCUAAGCAUGGCAACCGUGCUCAGACUUCUUUCUCUGGGUCUGCCGACGUCUUGAAUGCAAUCCAGCCUAUCCCUCCCAAUAUCUCUGCUGUGAACGCAACCAAUGUGGCCAAGAUCUACGAAAAGACCAACUAUGCUUUCCUCUUUGCGCCCAACUUCCACCCCGGUAUGAUGUACGCCAACCCCGUCCGACGCGGUUUAGGUCUCAGGACCAUCUUCAACCUAAUGGGACCUCUGGCGAACCCCGUCGAGUGGGCAAUUGAGGCGCGGCUAGUCGGCGUGGCUUACCAGAGCCUGGGGCCGGUCUUUGUUGAAGCUCUCAGACAAGCUGGUGCCAAGAAGGCUUUGGUGGUUUGCGGCGAGGAGGACAUGGAUGAAAUAAGCUGUGCUGGUCCAACAAACUGUUGGAGACUGUCCGAGUACCCUAACCCGCUCUACAAGAAAUUGUCCGAGGGGGAAGAUGACGACUCAAGUGAUGAUAACGAAGAGAAUCCUAAGACCCUGGUCAAGCUCGACAUCUUCCAGCUGCACCCGUCCGACUUCGGCCUUCCCACCCAUUCUCUCACUGAAGUCUACGGCCGCAAGAUGCCGAAGGACAACGCCGCUAAGCUGAUGAGCAUUCUUCGGAACGAGCUUCCUCGAGAUGAUCCCAUUCUGGAGUUCGUGCUUAUGAACGUUGCCGCUUUGUUGGUCACCGCUGGUGUCUGUGAGGCCGAUACCAGCAACAUGGGUCCUGGCGACGACGGCAAGGUUGUCACCGAGCGUGGACCCGGUGGAGGGCGCUGGAAGGAGGGUUUGCGCCGGGCACGCUGGGCGAUUGAGAGCGGCGAGGCUCUCAAGUGUCUGGAUCAAUUCAUUGCGGCCACAAAUGAACUCUAA